AAGUUAUCACUCGCUGCUCUCACGAAUCAUGAAUGAAGCCGAUGACCCUUGGACAACCGUCAGUACGCCAUUGACCGCCAAAUCGUGAAGGCAUGGGGACGACGACAAACGUGCGUAAUCACGGUGGUUGAUAAAUGGCAUAACCUUCACAUCUUUCCCUUAAUUUCUCAUGUUUCGUUCUCCACGAAUCUGCCAAGGCCCCGUUCUACAGGUCGACAUGUGCUAUUUUCAGUGCACAAACCCUGCACGCCAACCAUAUCGCGGCUUUUGAUACGAUGAUAGACGAUAUACAUCUUUUCGGCAUAUCUCAGGAACCCGAAACAUACGACGGCAUGACGGGGGGGUGGGUGAUAGCACGUUGCUCUUUUUGAUCAGGAUCACAAGGUGUGCCAGUCUAUACGUACGGAGAGGAGGAGGACUGUUGAGUAUAUAAGGAUGCUGUGAAAUGAAGACAUUCGGAGCACACUCACCCAAAAAAAACACAAUCAUCUUCAUACUCCCCCCUCAAAGAUGCGAUCUGCAGCUCUCUUUGCCUUGCUCCCUAUUCUCGUCAACGCUGCUGCGGUGGAGAGACGCACUGCCGACUCCAACGUCGGAUCGACCACAUCGGAUGUCUUUCCUCCAGCUGGUACCAGCGUCAAUUCCAAGCUCUUCCCUCCCGAAUCUGUGGUCGGCUACGCUGGAGCGACUGUGACUGGUGCUGAGCCCGCUGCUGCUGCUACCGCUGCCGCCUAUGCUUACAACGACGGCACGUCCAACAACUUCCCUCUUGUCGCCGAUCAGCCCAAGGACAGCAACUCUGAAGACUUUGACGUGUUCAAGCAGUGGGGUAACCUCUCUCCUUGGUACUCUGUCCCUUCCAGCUUUUACGGCCUCAACGAUACUUCUCCUCUCAUCCCUGACAGUUGCUCCAUCACCCAAGUACACUUGCUCUACCGACAUGGUGCUCGAUACCCCACUUCUGGCGCUGGUCCUUCCACCUUUGCAGCUAAGCUUGCCAAUGCUACCGCGCAGGAUGGGGGCUUCACUGCCAAGGGUGAUCUCGACUUCCUCAACAAGUGGACUUAUAAGCUUGGCGCUGAGCUCUUGACUCCUUUUGGAAGGUUGCAAAAUUUUGAGCUUGGAGUGGCUUUCCGACAGCAGUAUGGGGCAUUGUUGAACAACUUUACUGAGCAAGGUGCUUUGCCUGUAUUCAGAACUGAGAGUCAAGAUCGUAUGGUCAAGACUGCUGAAAACUUUGCUGCUGGCUUCUUUGGCGUCCCCGAGUACCUCGACCAAGUGAGCAUCGAGCUCAUGGUGGAGACAAGUGGCGUGAACAACACGGGUGCGCCAUACGAGACGUGCCCCAACUCCAACAUUGCCUCCCGCGGUUCCCUCGGUUCUACCGCUGCUUCUGCAUUCGCCAAGGAGGCUUUCAGCGGUACCGUCUCUCGACUCCAAAGCCACGUUGACGGUGUCGAGUUUGACACGACCGAUGUGAUUUCUAUGCUCCAGCUAUGCUCUUAUGAGACUGAUGCGCUCGGCUACUCUGCGUUCUGCCGUCUCUUCACCGAGGAAGAUUUCAAAAACUAUGAGUAUUAUUACGAUCUCAGUUUCUACUACAACAAUGGUGCCGGUUCUCCCGUAGCUGCUGCGCAAGGUAAAGGCUUCCUCGAAGAGUUUGUCGCCCGUUUCACCCAGACGCCUAUCACUUCUUCCGACUCUAGCGUGAACACCACCCUCGACAGCAACCCGAUCUACUUCCCGCUCAACCAAUCCAUCUAUGCGGAUGCGACCCAUGAAGUCGUCUUGCUCGAUACGUUUACCGCUUUCAACUUGAGUGCGCUUUUCAGUACGGGCCCGCUUCCUGUCGAUAAGCGUGUGGAAGGGUCUUCAUUUGUGGCUUCGCAGGUGGUGCCUUUUGGGACGCACAUGGUUGUUCAAGUUCUAGAGUGUGCGGACCAGACGCCUAGCAAACAGAUGCGGUUCAUGAUUAAUGAUGCCGUCCUUCCUCUUGAUAAGAGUUACGAAGGGUGCGAAUGGAACAAGGAUGGAAUGUGCGCUUUCGACACGGUCGUUGCUGCUCUUCAGAAACGUAUCGCUGAGAUCGACUAUGACUAUGACUGUAAUGGAAACUACACUGUUGAGGCUGGACAUGAUUAUAAUGGGCGUGCUCCUCGAGCGUAAGGGUCAAACUAUCAUACCACCACACUAGAAGGUUGAGAGGAAGAUGGAAGGACGCGGAUGGAAAUUUACUUAUAGUAAGGGUCAAGAGAUGACUGAAGAUUCAAAGAGGAGGAUCAAAAAGCCUAAAGAAUAUAUUCUGGAAAAGGGCAUCAAAAUGGGACAGUAUAAUUUCUGAGGACUUUGUUGACGGGGAAAAUAAAAUAGUAAUUCUAGACUGCAAAUAGAGAAUGGGUAUAUAGGAAGUGUUUACAUGCGUAUAAUAAUGAAAUUGGUCUCAAGUUGUGAUCUCUUUCAAGUGGCCGAGGCAUGGUCCAUAUCUCGUGGUAAAUUAUAUCCGCAACUGAGUUGUUCUAUGGUGUUGCUUAAUUAGCAUGCACGCAUCCUACCUUUAAAAAGGUUAUUUGCUUUGUUGUGCUCUUGCGGUGACAUCGGCGAGGCGGUGAGCAUAAAACGGACAAGGUUUGGAGUGAUCGUUGAUAUGAUAAUACGUGCCUGAAUUUGCCCACUGAGAGAUCUAGCGAUGUCAUGAGUGAAGUCAUGGUUUGCGCUGUACGACUUGCAGACUGGCGACGAAUGUGCGCGGCCCUUCUGUGCUCUGC